AUGCGCUCUCAGCGGAGGGGCAGGCGAGCUGGGUGCCGCCUGCUUAAGAAAGGCCCAACCCGGGCCAAGGUCACAGCACCGCGGGGCCCAGAGGUGCCGCCCCCACCGGGACCCGCCCUCCCGCGCGUGGGCGAGCGCGCCGCCUGGUUCGAGCGAGAGUGGCGCGGCGGUGGGGCCAGCCGCGGAGCCCGGCGCAGCGACUUCCUGCAGAAGACGGGCAGCAACUCCUUCAUCGUGCACCCCCGGGGCCUGCACCACGGCGUGGGUGCGCGCCCACUCCCCAACGGGCCCGCGGCCCCGGAGCCCCGGGCCGGCCCUGCCAACGGCCUCGCAGGCGCCCUGCCGGGGCCAGCCUCCCCCAGCGCCGCCCAGCGCGCUGGUGAGUGGAAGCCAAAGGUGGAGUCGGUGGAGCCCCCCCUCUACUCGCCCCCCAGCCCUGGAACCUCCAGUGCCACUCCAGCCAUGCCUCCGACGUUCCCUGAGCCGAGCCCUGCCAGUGCCACUCCCAGCCAGCGCCAGUGGGUGUCGGCGGCCACCAGCGCCAAUGACUCCUUCGAGAUACGGCCAGCCCCCAAGCCAGACAUGGAGACCAUCCCCGAGGGGGACCUCCAGGCCCGAGCCCUGGCCCGUCUCCGCGUGAACUCUCGAAACUCCUUCGUGUUCAUCCCCAAGCGAAAGACCUCCGGUGCCCGUGCCCCUGGGGGGAGGCAGCCUGUGGAGCAGCCAAAGGGGGGGCUGGGCUGGGCCUCCCAGCCCCCGGAGCCCGAAGCUCAGCUGGUCCCUGAGGUGGAUGGUGUGCCUGCCUGUCCCAGGCGCCCCUUGGGGGCCGAAGCACCCUGGGCAGUGGAGGAGGGGGAUUGCCCCCAGCCAGCCACCGUCCUUGCUGACCGGGCGGUUAGGUGGCAGAGGCCUUUGUCGCCGCCCCCCUCUCUGCGGGCUGCCACCGAAGCUGAGCCUGCCCAGGGCUUCGGGGCUCCUGGCCUGGCCAGAGAAGGCCGGAAGCUUGGGAGACCAGGGCUUCCGGUCACCUUCAUUGAUGAGGUGGACUCAGAUGAGGAGACCUCUCAGGCGGCCAAAUUACCUCCCCAGUACUGCCUACAUCCCUCCACGCCCGAGCACUCGCCGGGGCUCCAGCACCGUGGUGGCAACACCUUCACUGUAGUGCCCAAGAGGAAGCCGGGGGCCCUGGAGGAGCAACACUCUGGUCAAGCCAAUGGGGAGGCCCGGCCAAGAGAGGGUGAGGAGGAGGAGGAGGCAGGCGGCCCCGGGGGGCCCCAUGUCGCCCUGGGGACUAUGCUAAAGAAGCGCUACCCCGCCGUGCAUGAGAUUGAGGUGAUUGGCGGCUACCUGGCCCUGGAGAAGUCCUGCCUCACCAAGGCUGGAUCCUCAAGAAAGAAGAUGAAGAUCUCCUUUAAUGACAAGAGCCUGCAGACCACGUUCGAGUACCCCUCUGAGAGCUCCCUGGUGCAGGAGGAGGAGGAGGCCGAGGAGCCAGAGGAGGAGGGGGAGGACGAGGGGUCCGGCUCAGAGGGGGCCGCCGAGGAGAAGCCCUUUUCGCUCUUCCUGCCCCGGGCCACCUUCCUGAACAGCGUGGGGCCUGACAGCCCUCGCCUGCCAGAUGGUAGCUCAGGCCUGUCUAGCUACACUCCAAAGCACUCAGUGGCCUUCAGCAAGUGGCAGGAGCAGACAGUGGAGCCGGCUCCGUGUGAGGUGGAGCCCCUUCGGAAGGAGGUCAUGCUGACCCCUGCCGGCCAGAACGACCUCUCGGACUUCCGCAGCGAGCCAGCCCUCUAUUUCUGAUCCUCCAGGACGACGGGUGG